AUGUCUCCCGCCGCCGACGCCUGGAUCGCGCUCACCAAGCAAGACGCCGUCACGCCGGAGGCCGCCACCGCCGCCUUCGCCGCGUUGCCCCCCGUCACCGCGUCCUUCAUGACGCGGGGCGCCGGCGAGUGGCAGGGCGCCGACCUGCCGACCGGCCACCCGACGCGCCAGAAGAUGGUCGAGCUCAACUGGGCCGGCAAGACGUUCCGCAGCGCCGAGGACGUCGACCCCAUCGUCGUCUACGACGCCGACGGCAAGCGCCGCUGGAACGCGGACUGGGGCCACUCCCGUCUCCGCGAGAUGAAGUUUGGCGAGGACAACACUGUGGCCAUGCUCUACGACGAUUUUCCCAUCAUCGACUACUUUCGCUACGUGAACGAGGACCUGGUAGCCGGCGCCAUGGACUCGAAGAAGAUGAACUCGUUUGGCACCUACUACUUUUACCUGAAGCGUCUCUCCUAG